UUCCGUUUCAAGAGUCCUGCUUUCUUGUGAAGAUUUGGAGAGGCAAGACCUUACAGGUAUCUUUUAGCAGUUAAGGUAUUUUUAUUGCUUUCAGGAAAAGUAAUAAAAUAUCUCUUGUUACAGAACGUGCAUUUGCAGAGGAAUAAAUUGACAGAAAUAUGGGUUCUCCAACAAAAAAACUUCCCCUGUGGAUGACAGAACCAAACAAUGAAAAUAUUGCAGAUGACAAAAAGCAGAAGAAUUCAUUCCAACCAAGUGUCUUGGAAGAUAACCUUCCAUUCUUAGAAUACAACGGCUCCACCAUCUACAGCUAUCAUGCUAAUGAUUGUUCCUUGCUGUCGGAAGAUAUUCUCAAUACCUUGCCUGUUGGAGCUGUGUUAGGAUUUGACAUUGAAUGGCCAGCCAUUUAUGCUAAAGGGAAGGAAGGAAAAGUUGCCUUAGUCCAGUUAUGCGAGUCUGAAACCAAGUGCUACUUAUUUCACAUCUCUUCUAUGACAAGUUUUCCUGUGGGACUGAAAAGGUUGCUUGAAGAUAACACUAUUAGAAAAGCUGGAGUUGGUAUUGAAGGGGAUAAAUGGAAGCUGAUGCGAGAUUUUGAAAUCAAACUGGAGAAUCUUGUGGAUUUGGUUGACCUUGCUAAUGAAAAGCUAAAAUGUAAGGAAACAUGGAGUUUAAACGGCCUUGUCAAACACCUAUUCCACAAACAGCUUGUGAAAGACAAAUUGGUCCGCUGUGGUAACUGGGAAUGCUUUCCAUUAACUGAGGAGCAAAAGCUGUAUGCAGCUACAGAUGCAUAUGCUGGCUUCCUUAUUUACCAAAACCUAAUAAAUUUGAGGAAUGAUAAGCAGAUGCAUAUUUGUUUAAAAACAGGUGGAAUGUUGCUGCCGAGUGAAAUUAAAAAUGAAUUGACAUCUUUGUCCAAGGAGGUGCUAGAUUUGGCUCAUUGUGUUCCUGCUACUUUUCACCAAUCCACACAUAUUCAAAGUGCAACAGAAAUAUUGGCUGAUAUUUCAAAAAAUAUUAAAGCUCUAAGGGACAUAUUACUUAUUAAAUCUAAUUGCCAAAUGGAGCUGGAAGAGGCUGCCGAUGGAGGAUCUAAAUUGACUUCCAAGACCAUUUGUAAGUCAGAUCAUGAUAUUGAUGACAAAACAGGUGGUGUUCAAAACUCUGAUAUAAGAAAUGAAGAAGAACUUGAUAAGAAAGAGCAUACAGUGGAUGCUUCAGACACAAUCUUUAAAAAAUCUACAGAAAAAGAAUUCUUAAUGUCACUGGACAUAACUGAAUAUGAACUUCAAAUGAUGGAACGUCAAGCUGAGGAAGAAAAGCGACUUGAAGCAGCUUAUAUGCCUAAGGAUUUACAAUCUAUAGAAGAUGAGCAUGGUGCCACUAUGGAAAGUGAUUAUGAACUUGAAAUGGAAAUGCUUAAGCUCCAGUCUUUAGAAAGCACAGACAAGAGCCAGUUGAAUUCUAACCUGGGAAGUUUAGAAAAGCAAAAUAACCAUGUUGCCGAGGAUGAAGGAGAAGAGGGCAUUGAGGAGGAAGAGGAAAGUUGGGAUUCCAGCUUAUCUAAACCUAGCAGUGAACAAAUUGCUUGUCUCAAGAUGUAUUUUGGUCACUCAAGUUUUAAACCGGUCCAGUGGAAAGUGAUCUCCUCAGUUUUGCAAGAAAGAAGAGAUAAUCUAGUUGUUAUGGCAACUGGAUAUGGAAAGAGCUUAUGCUUUCAGUUUCCACCUGUGUGCACUGGAGGUAUUGGUAUAGUAAUUUCCCCUCUUAUUUCUUUGAUGGAGGACCAAGUACUACAACUGAAAAUGUCAGGAGUUUCAGCUUGCCUGCUUGGAUCAGCACAGUCAAAAAAUGUCAGAGAGGAGAUCAAAGCGGGACAGUAUAGAGUUGUCUAUUUAACUCCGGAAUUCUGUUCAGGGAACCUCUUGUGGCUUCAGCAAAUUGACAAAGCAGUUGGCAUCACAUUAAUAGCGGUUGAUGAAGCUCACUGUAUUUCUGAAUGGGGACAUGACUUCAGAAAUUCUUUCAGGUCUUUGGGAUUGUUAAAGAAAAAACUUCCUAAGGUUCCUAUUGUUGCAUUGACUGCAACAGCAAGCUCUUCAAUUAGGAAAGAUAUAAUAGACUGUUUGAAUUUAAGAACUCCUCACAUUACUUGUACCAGUUUUGACCGACCUAAUCUAUACCUGGACGUUAGGCGAAAAUCUGGAAAUAUAAUCCAGGAUUUAUUGCAGUUCCUCAUUCCAAAAGACAACAAGUCUACAUAUGAAUUUGAGGGCCCCACCAUUGUUUACUGUCCAUCAAGGAAGACUACUGAACAAGUAGCUGCAGAGCUAAGAAAAUUAAAUCUAGUUUGUGGUAUAUACCAUGCUGGCUUGGGAAUCAAGGCAAGAAAAGAUGUCCACCAUAAAUUCAUGAGAGAUGAAAUUCAGUGUAUAGUCGCUACUAUAGCCUUUGGAAUGGGCAUAAAUAAAGCAGACAUUCGGACAGUUAUACAUUAUGGAGCCCCAAAGGAAAUGGAAUCAUACUACCAGGAAAUUGGAAGGGCUGGCCGUGAUGGGCUUCCAGCCUCUUGCUAUGUAUUGUGGACUCCAGCUGACAUGAGCUUUAAUAGACACCUAAUCAGUGAGAUACAUAAUGAUAACUUUCGCCUGUACAAACUGAAGAUGAUGGCCAAGAUUGAGAAAUAUCUAAGCUUAAACAGCUGUAGGCGGAGAAUCAUCUUGUCUCAUUUUGAAGACAAACAACUCCGAAAGGCAUCGACAGGCAUCAUGGGAACAGAAAAAUGUUGCGAUAAUUGCAGAUCGAGUUCUAGGAACAUUCGUUGUGCUCCAGUAAUUGACCGUCAAGACAGUUUUGAAGAUUUUGGUCAGCAAGCAUAUAAACUGAUGUCUGCAAUAUGUGCUUUAAAGGAGAGAUUUGGCAUGGGGGUUCCAAUACUGUUUCUCAGAGGAUCUUUGUCUCAGCGUCUCCCAGACAAAUUCCGGACUUAUGCUCUGUUUGGAAGCGGGAAGGAUUGGCCAGAGCACUCAUGGAAGGCACUGGGCCGACGUCUCAUGCUUGAGGGUUUUCUUAAAGAAGUUUCUGGUCAAAACAAGUUUGCACUCAUGUGCAUGCUUACUGAGAAGGGUAAAGAUUGGCUCAGUAAAUCAAGAAAAGAGCAGAGCCUUUUACUUCCAUCUGAUGAGGAACUAUACUUAAAGAAACCUACUCCAAGUAAUAAACAAAUCUCUGCAGAAGCAGGACAUGUUUCCAGUGCUGGGUUACCUCUGUCAACACUCAGGGAACAGAACAAUUCUCUGCAUGAAAUGUUUUCCUAUUCAAAAAGUAGUAAGAUGUCCAGCCAAAGUAUAUGUUCGGAUAAAAGUAGUGCCUCUGUGCAGUUAUCACUGCCUUGCAGCUCUCUGAGUGAUACAGUAACUGAUAUAUCUGAAAGGGAGAAGGAAUUGCAGACUGUACUGUAUGGCAAGUUAUUGGCAGCCAGGCAGAAACUUGCCAGUGAAAGGGAUAUCCCUCCAGCUGUGCUUGCAACAAAUAAAGUGCUGCUUCAUAUGACUCUGAUAAGGCCUACAAGUGUGGAAAUUAUGAAAAGAAUUGAUGGCAUUUCUGCAGCAAAAUCUACUGUGUUGGCUCCUCUUCUAAACAUAAUCAAGGAAUUCUCCCAGACAAAUAAGUUACAGACAGACAUCUUCAAGAAUUCUGGAAUGAGAGAUCAGCCAGAUACAGUCCUUCCGGUGGACAAUCAGAAUAACCCCACAACAGAAUCAGAAGAACAUAAAACGUACUCAUUGUUUCAAGAUAAGAGUAGGUCCAUGAUACAAUGUAACAAGGAAGAGCAAGUCCUUAAUUCUAAACAGGAUGUCCAGAGCACUCAUCAGAGUGCUAUCAAAUUGGCUUCAUGGAACCAGAAUUCAGCUAAUGUUGAGGAAGAUCUGUUUACUGAUUCCCAGUCAGAGCUGUUAAGUCAGCCUUCGAAGAGGAAAUUACCAGAGUGGUUUGGAACAGCAAAAGAAAUAAUUCCUCCUGUUAAAGUAUCUAAAAAAUCCAGAGGAGGGAGUAAAGGACUGUUCAGUUGAAACUGGAAAUAACACAAUAAUAUAUUUAUACAUAAGAACUUCAUGAAGAUGACAUUCUUCUACUUUGUUGUGUCUCACUCAAGUGAGUUUUCCAUUAACAUCUCUUCUUGAAAAAUUAGUGGGAUUUAUCAAACUCUGAAAGUGAGCCCAGGCAAAGAAAGAAGAAAAAGAGUAAUAGUUUAAAUCAGAGUGCACAUUGCACGGAAUAUUCUUCACAAUGUAUGUUAUGUAUUGAUGUAAAUUGUUCCUUCUCAGAUUUAAUCACCUAUUGAGGAUAUCUGAACCUGUAUUCAGAAGCAACUGAUUUCUCAAAAAUACAUGUAAUAUAUGGUUCCUUUUCAAAUACUGUAUUUACAUUUAAGAGAACUAUGUUUUUAUUUGUAAUACAUUAUUUUUAAGGAAGACAUUCCAGUGAAAAAUAAUAUUAAAAAGCAGGA